AAAGUAGGUUUUGAUUGAUAUUGCUAGUUUCAUUCUGAUGAUCAGUUUCGAUACAUGUAAGAACUCAUCCAAAACAACCCGAUUACACUCUGCCCAUCUACCAAGGUACAAGAGAAUCAUCACCCGACCAUAGUUCCUCUCCCAAUAUCUCAGGUCAUUCAAACACUUCCCAUGUUUUUCUUUCCUCUUCCUUUCCUUUUGCUGUGUAAUCUUCAACGAAGGGACAGGAGAAGAAAGAUCAGUCAUGCUUAGCCUACAAUGAAAAAGUGAAAAUAUCUUUAGUCCUGAUCAUAAAAACCAAACAAAGGGCCAAAACAGAACAAAACUGUUUGUGGUGCAGAGCAAGGAAGCUUUUAGAAAAGAAAAAACCAGACCGCCAUGCACAUCCAUUUUGUAACCUUCCAUCGAUUCCAACACCAAAGAAGAUUCCCUUUUUAAAAAAACAUGGGAAGAUACGACAUGUGGCCCCCGACCAUCGAGGAAGUCGACAGACACAGACGACAGCAGCUCCCAAUCGGACGCUAUGGCUCUGUUUUUGUUGCGUGUCGCAUCACAAGAUGAUAGCAUGGCUUUGCACAUGGCAAUAUGGCUCUCUGUUUCUUUGAAAUCCCAUGUCGUUUUCUAAUACCCAAAUGAAAAAAAAAACUUCAUUUUUCUUCAUUAUCAGCCCAUAAUCGGAUUUGAAAGACAGAACCAAACAGUUUUUGAUGAUAAUAAUGUAACAAUCUUGUAUCUAAAAACGUUCCUGAAUCCAAACAUUGUUGGGACUCACGAGCUUAGAAACAGAGUCUUAUCUGAUCUGAAUCAGUUCAGAAGAAGAACAAGAGGAAAGCCCCUGUUUUAACAGAUGGGGUUUCUUUUUUUAUGUUGUUUUUUUAAAUACCUUAAAAUCUCCGAGUUUUUUAGUCUCGAAAAAUAUAAUUACCCAUUAUUUUGACUGCUUAUUAUAGCAAUGCAUUUAUUACAAAUGGGAAAGCGGCAACGCUUCAAUUGUCAAUAAAUGAUAAAUCUUUAUUUUGGUUGUCCUCUGGUUUUCUCUUCCUUUUCCAAAACAGAACACAGGAAGCAGAUAAGACUUCGUUGUCAUGUUACUGGCGAUGGCGUUACCAAACUCCAACUCUCAGGCGGCGGCGGCGGCGGCGGCGGCGGAGGUCGAAUGUGUGAAAUGCUAUUCCUGUGGAUUUACAGAGGAUUGCACCCCUGCUUACAUCUCGCGAGUUCUUGACCGCUUCCAUGGCCGGUGGAUCUGUGGGCUCUGCAUCGAGGCGGUGAAAGACGAAGUUGUGAGAUCAGGAACGCUUAUUUCCACCGAAGAAGCGUUAGCCCAACACGCGAGUUUCUGUCGGGAGUUCAGAUCGUCCAACCCUCUGGAUGAAACAGAGCACCCCAUCUCCGCCAUGGGGCGGGUGCUACGACGGAGCUUGGAUUCUCCGAGAGUUCUCAGGUCAAAUUCCAGUAGCGCAAUCAAACUGGAACCGAUCGUCGUCAUCGGCGAUUCAGCUAGACUCCAACGAUCCGGUAGUUGCUUCCCUUCCUUGUCUAGCUAAAUCAAAAACAGAGUAUUUUCAAGCGACUAACUUGCUUUAGUGGGUGGGUUCAAUUAGAGUUCUCCGACGAUUUUAAAGCCAUUUAACGAAAUGGGUUUGAAAAUUUGAGCGAAAACUGACCAUUUUCUAGCGUUCUUGUUCGUCAAGUUCGUCAUUAUUGUAAUAAUGUAAAUGGGAAAUUGUGAUAGAACAGAGCAUUUAUGUUUGCUUGAAAGUUGAAAGUGAAAUAAAUCGAAGUGUAGAUUGAAAAUUUAAUGUAAAUAUUGGGAAGAUUUGAAGAAUA